UGUGUUCUCACCAAGCAGGAGCCUCGCAGAUGACGUUUUUGGGCGGCUCUGGAGGGGAGUCACAGUAGCAGAGCAUGACAGCGGUUUGUGAAAUACCUAAAGCACAAACGGUACCGUUCCUGGGGGCAGCCAGUGCUGGCAGCGGUACCUUGCCAAGGAUUGGUGGCUGCCCUUUGUGACAGCAGUUCCUCACUGAUCCCAGUAACACCUCGUCCUCCCAAGGACCAUCAGCUCUUCUCCUCGCUCUGCAAGCUGGGGCUGGAGCGAGUCCACUCCCCUGCACAGCGCACGGUUUACCCUGGAUCAGCUGGUUAAAGCAGCUGGAUACACAAUCCACUCCGGUAUUUCCAAACUCACCCUUUACAACCUUUUGGCACAGGGGCUGGUGCAGAACUUCUCUCCACCAUGAAAACCAUCAUUGCAGCCUGUUCCCAAAACCUCAGAGACCGCUUAGGGGAAAGGCAGGCGUUGGGAGCGCUUUGGGGUGAGCGGCACUAACGGGAAUGAGUUUUCUGACAACGCAUUCGGUAGCGUUGUGCCCUCAAGAUGCUCCAGUGUGCUGCCCAUUCCCCUUCGCCUUUCCUUGCUUCUCUGGGCUGCCAAGUCCACAUUUCUGCGUUUGAAGAGACUCCUGUGGCCAUGGACGGGGCCGGCGGCAGAGCCUCUGGGGUUUCUCCAGUUUCUGUCUGCGGUCUGCGUGUUCAUGAAGUGUUUCGGGGGAGCUGGAAAAGGGAACUCAACCAAGCAGUGUUUGGCAGCCGUGCCAGCGUCCAGCCCGCCCUGCGUGCCCUGCUCGCAGCGCCCUGGCCCUCACAGCGAGCCGUCCGCUCCUGGCUCCAGCUCCUCUCCGUACUGCAGUGGGUGCUCAGCUUCCUGCUGCUGGGAACCGUCAGCCUCCUGCUCCUCAUCUACCUGGUGUUCACCAGGUUCUGGCCCAUCUCCGCGCUCUACCUCGCCUGGAUCAUCUUUGACUGGGACACACCGGAGAAAGGUGGCAGGAGGCUGCCGUGCCUGCGGCGAUGGUCUGUGUGGAGGCACUUUCGGGAUUAUUUCCCUGUGAAGCUAGUGAAGACACAUGACCUGUCCCCCAGCCACAACUACAUCAUUGGCUCCCAUCCCCACGGCAUCCUCUGCGUCGGCGCCUUCUGUAACUUCAUCACGGGCUCAACGGGCUUCGGGGAGAUGUUCCCAGGCAUCCGACCCUUCCUCACCACCCUGGCCGGCAACUUUCGCCUGCCCAUCUUCAGGGAGUACCUGAUGAGUGGUGGUCUGUGCCCAGUGACACGCCGUGCCAUCGGCUACCUGCUGUCCAAGAACGGCACUGGCAACGCAGUGGCCAUCGUCAUCGGUGGAGCAGCUGAGUCGCUCUCCUGCCGCCCUGGUGUCACCACGCUCAUCCUGAAGAACCGCAAGGGCUUUGUCCGCAUGGCCCUGCAGCACGGAGCCUACCUCGUCCCUUCCUUCUCCUUUGGGGAGAACGACCUCUUCCGCCAGGUGGUCUUUGAGGAGGGCAGCUGGAUGAGGAGCAUCCAGCAGCGCUUCCAGAAAAUGAUGGGCUUUGCUCCCUGUGUCUUCUAUGGCCGGGGUCUCACCUCUGUCCGGUCCCGGGGCUUCCUCCCCUACGCCAGACCCAUCACCACCGUGGUGGGGGAGCCGGUGACAGUGCCCAAGAUCGAGGACCCGAGCUGCGAGACGGUGGACAUGUACCACGAGAUGUACAUCCGCUCCCUGCUCAAGCUCUUCAAUGAGAACAAGACAAAGUACGGGCUGUCGGAGACGGACGAGCUGCACAUCCUCUGAGCGUGACCGGCGCCGGCGGCCAGAUCCUGGCUCACAAGGGCGCCUGGCUCUUGUGGGUUGGGAUUUCAGCCGGCCCGGCACGGGGAACACGUGGGGGACAGUCCCCGCUCCGGCCCUUGGCUCCUCUGGCUGAAAAGUCUGUGCCGGAGGUGCGAGGAGAGGAGGAAACGAGGGGUGGGGGAGACUGGGAAAGGAUCCCCCUCGAAAGGGGGUUGAAGGGACUGUGGGUGACACAGCCGUUCCCCGAGGAUGCGGGGCUGAUGGGGGGGGGCUGGUGCAAGGCUGGGGGCCAGCGAUGGGCAUGGUCCCCCCAGGACAACCAGGAGACCAUGAGUGAGGGGGUGUCACAGAAGGGGGGGGAUGAGAUGGGCUCUUCAGGGUGGUGUCCAGAUAAUGAGAGGGACUGGGAUGGAAAAGGGGGACACUCCCGGACUUGAGGACCUGUGGAAGUGGCCUCAGCUGGGACUAUGUGGCACUGGGCAAGGGGCGGGUACUGCUCUGGCCCCAGAAGAGCCUUUUCCGAGCCUCUGUACUCAAUACAGAUUUGCAACCC